AUGCAAGCGCUUCGGUCAGAGGUAGCAGGGUUAAAGGGCGAGGUGUUGUCAAUGAAGGAGUCCAUGGAUUUCAUGAACAUCAAGUUUGAGGAAAUGAAGACUGAGGCAAAAGACAAAUUUGAAAUAUGCACCCAACUGCAGAAGGAAGUUGAAACCUUGAAAAAUGACAAUUUAGAGCUUGUCAAUCGACUGAAUGAAUUCGAACAGCACUCUCGUGCGUGUAACAUAGAGAUUCAGUGUGUGCCGGAGCAUAGAUCCGAAAACCUGAUCACAACAAUCUUGCAACUGGCAAAAACGGUUUCUUGCGAUAUAAAAGCUGAGGAUAUUCAUCAUUGCACCAGAACUGCUAAGUUGGAUGGGAAUAGUUCUCGACCUCGCAAUAUCGUGGCUAAGCUCAAAAGUCCACAUAUGCGUGACACACUGCUUGCGUCGGUGAUUAAGUUCAAUAAAACAGACAAGGAUAAUAAAUUGAAUUCUAGUCAUUUAGGAUUAGGAGGUGACAAAAAGCCAGUUUAUGUUGCGGAGCAUCUAACCGCCUACAACAAGAAACUGCACAAGGAAGCGAGACUCGCGGCAAAGGACAAGCAGUACAAAUAUGUGUGGGUUCGGAGCGGCAGAAUAUUAGUUCGUAAGGACGAUAAGGCUCAAGCCAUAGUAUUGAAAAGUUUAGAUUCCAUAAAAAGACUUUAA